AUGGAAAAUAUCGGGUCAUCUCAUGGCUGGAUAGCUACUUUGAAAGACGAUGGAAUUGUGCGUCUCCACAAUGAUCUAAACCUGCUUGCAUCGGAUUCAAACCACCCUAAAUGUAUUGCACUGCCUCCUCUUGUCACUUUACCUCGUUCCCAAACCCGAAUAGUCACCAACGUGGCCAUGUCCUCAUCAUCUCCUGAGGACGAAGACUGUGUUGUGGCUAUCAAGUUCUUGGGAAAUCAACUAAGCUUUUGCAGACCGGCUCAAACGAACCCCGAGUGGUUCAACAUCAAAAUCGAAAACCCCUGCUACUUCUCCUCCCCUGUCAUGUUUUCCAAGAAAGAUGACAUGUUUCGCAUUCCCGGAUCUGGAGGCCUCAUCAUUGGAUCAUGGGAUCCUCGCACAUUCCACCACAAACCCAAGGUGCAGAGGUUGCGUUUCCCAUGUUUUCCCAUUGUGUCGCGCACCGGUAGCAAGCUUAUGGAUUCGUGCCUCAGGAUCGAACACUUGGUUGAGUCACGAUCCACCGGCGAAAUUUUCUUGGUUAAGUGGUACAAGAAGACCCUUAAGAUCAACAACCGUGUUCAAACAACAACGCAAGAUAUAAUGGUGUUCAACGUAGACGAAAAAGGAAACGCUGUUUACACCAAAGAUAUCGGAGAUCUCUGCAUUUUCCUCUCCAACUCUGAAGCUUUCUGUGUCCCUGCUAGCUCUUUUCCCCGCAUGUCCUCUAACGAAGUUCACCUCUUUGAUGCCGAUGAAGCCACAGUGUUAACUCUGGCUGACGCCGCCCUUUACAACUUUGAUACUGAAAAAAACCUUAGAGGCAAGUACGGGGCCCCUUACCAUAUUCCACCAUUUACAAACGUUGAUGUGGAUCUUAAAGGAGAGGGAAAAACCAAACCUCUUAUCGACAGAAAGUCUGAGGAUAAAGUGACCAUUUCCAAAGCGGAGAAAUGCACUGAACCAUCUAAAGUUCGUGAAAAUCUCAGGAAAUUAUAUGACAAGGUUCUUAUUGUUGAUAAUGUGCCGGCUGCAAAAAACGUCGUGGCUAAGCUUCUGACUCAAUAUAGGAAUCUUGUUCAUUCUUGCGAUGCAGAGGUAUCCGGGAUUGAGGUAAAGGAUGAAUUGAUAUGUUUCAGUAUUUACUGUGGGUCAGAAGCAGAUUUCGGGAAUGGUAAAUCGUGCAUCUGGGUAGAUGUUCUUGGUGAAAAUGGCAGGGAGGUGUUGUCCGUGUUUAAACCCUAUUUUGAAGACUCAUCCAUCAGAAAACUAGGUUGGCUUUCUUCGUUUCAGGUCUGGCACAACUACAGUUUUGAUAGUCAGAUCAUUAGGAACCAUGGAAUUGAUAUUUCUGGUUUUCAAGCCGACACAAUGCACAUGGCACAGUUGUGGGAUUCUGCAAGACGGACAGAAGGUGGUUAUUCACUUGACGCGCUUACAAGUGACCCAAAAGUUGUUGGUGCCACACAGACAAAGGAGUUCCUUGGGAAAUUUUCAAUGAAGACUAUUUUUGGCAAGAAAAAAGAUGGAUCCCAAGGAAAAAUUAUCGUCAUUCCCCCUGUUGAAGAGCUUCAGCGAGAAGACCGAGAGGCUUGGAUUUCCUACUCUGCCUUGGGUGCGAUAAGCACGCUGAAGCUUUACGAGAGCAUGACAAAGAAACUGGAAUUGAAGGAAUGGCGUCUUGAUGGAAAGCCAAUUAUGGCAAGGACAAUGUUGGACUUUUACCAUGAGUACUGGCGACCCUUUGGUGAACUUCUUGUUAAAAUGGAAGCACAAGGUAUACUUGUAGAUAGGGAAUAUCUUGCUGGGAUACAGAAAGUAGCCAAAGCAGAACAUGAUGAUGACUAUAUAGAUUCUUUGAUCUCAAAUUUUAUUCUUCCAUUGCAGGGAAGUAAUGUAUCAGGCAAAGAUGGUCGCGUCCAUUGCUCCCUGAAUAUCAAUGCAGAAACUGGGCGCUUAUCAGCUACAAGGCCAAAUUUACAGCACCAACAUGCUUUGGGGAAGGAUCGGUACAAGAUACGUAAAGCGUUCGUAGCAGCGCCUGGAAAUUCCCUCAUUGUCGCUGAUUAUGAGCAGCUGGAACUUAGAAUUCUGGCACAUCUUGCUGGUUGUAAAAGCAUGAUGGAGGCUUUCAAAUCAGGCGGAGAUUUCCACUCGAGGACCGCCAUGAAUAUGUAUCCACAUAUUCGUGAAGCUGUAGAGAAAGGGCAAGUGCUCCUUGAAUGGCAUCCACAACCUGGAGAAGACAAGCCACCAGUGCCAUUAUUAAAGGACGCGUUUGCUUCAGAGAGAAGACAAGCUAAGAUGCUCAACUUUUCAAUUGCAUAUGGGAAAACCGCGAUUGGGCUUUCUAGACAUUGGAAGAUUUCAAGGGAAGAAGCUCAGGACCCCGUCAAUCUCUGGUACAAUGACAGACAAGAAGUAAGGAAAUGGCAAGAAUUUUGUAAAAAAGAAGCUAUGAAAGAUGGGUACGUACUCACUUUAUUAGGAAGGGCUCGUAGAUUCCCGGCAUAUCAGUCACGUGCUCAUAGGAAUCAUAUCCAAAGAGCAGCAAUCAACACUCCAGUGCAGGGAAGUGCAGCUGAUGUUGCAAUGUGUGCAAUGUUGGAAAUAUCGACAAAUCAACGGUUGAAGGAGCUUGGUUGGAAAUUGCUUCUACAGAUCCAUAACGAAGUAAUCUUGGAAGGACCAAUGGAGUCAGAGAAAAUCGCCAAGGAUAUAGUGGUGGAGUGCAUGUCGAAACCCUUCAACGGACGGAAUAUUCUCUCGGUCGAUUUAUCGGUUGAUGUAAAAUGUGCUCAGAACUGGUAUGCUGCUAAAAAAAUGUCUGUGUAG